UACCAAUGAUAUGCUCAUAUCAAGUGAUAAAAAUACAUAUAAAAAGUCCAAAGAUUUACGUUAUUUCUUUUCUUUAGGCAUAUCCCUCUCAAAUAAAUAAAUAGUGUCAGUUCUUUUGUCAAUUUUUUUUUUUUAAAAAAAUAUAUUUUAACGACAAAAUUAACGACAAAAUUCGUACAUAAUGGUUUAUUUAUUCGAUGUUCCCGCUUAUUUCAUUCUCUUAAGAGAAACUCUUGAGGCUACAAUUAUUCUUGCAGUUCUCUUAGGGUUCAUCGAUAAAUUGGUUCUUGACGAUGAAUCAGUACGAAAGAAACUUAAAAGACAAAUUUGGUAUGGAACUGCUGCUGGUUUAGGAGUUUCUUUAUUAAUUGGUGCUAUCUUUAUUGGCAUAUUUUAUACUAUCAAAAGAAAUCUCUGGGAAGAAAGUGAAGCCGCGUGGGAGGGAUCGUUCUGUCUUAUUGCCUCAAUUGUUAUUACCUUUAUGGCAUUAAGUAUGCUAAGAGUCAAUCAAUGGAGAGCUAAAUGGGAAAACAAAUUAAAAGAAGCCACUGAAAAUUAUCUUCAAAAACAUGAACGAGGAAAUAAAUGGGCCUUGAUCAUUUUACCAUUCACUGUUGUAUGUCGUGAAGGCGUCGAAACAUUCGUGUUCAUGGCCGGAAUCGGUUUCCAAAACCCAGCAACUGGACUUCCAAUUCCUAUCAUUUUGGGAAUUUUUACCGGAUUCUUAAUUGGGUUUGUAAUUUACAAAGGAUCGCAUAGGAUGUCAAUGGCUGUGUUUUUCAACAUUACAACAGUAUUUCUUUUAUUCGUUGCCGCUGGUCUUUUCUCCACUUCAAUUCAUGAAUUACAAGAAGCAACAGAAACUUAUGAACAAGUUUUAUGGCAAUUAGAUUGUUGUGAUAACAAAAAUCGUUUCUGGUCACUUAUGUCGACAAUAUUCGGAUGGAGAAAUAAAGCUACCGUUGGAACAACAGUUGGUUAUUUUAUAUAUUGGAUUUUCGUCGUACUUGUAGCCAUGUUCAUGUUGUAUAGAGAAAAGAGAAAACAUAACGAUCAAUCUAAUAAUGUUGAAAAAAAUGAAAGAGAUGAAAGAAAUGAAAAGGAUGAUCAAGCUGCUAUUGUGAAUGCAGCUUAAUUUAUUUAUUUAAAAAUGAAAUUAUGACGACUUCUUUAAUUAAUUAUGAACGGCGCUAAUAUUUCGAAUUUUAAAAAAAACCAAAUUUCAAAAUUUUCCCUUUUAUUAAUCCACAUACUUAUUUGCAUUAUUUAUACCUAAUUUUUUUUUCUAACCCUUGUAUAUUAUAAUG